AUAGCACAAAACAAUAAUAAGAUAUGAUCAUGACUUCCAUAAAAAAGUCAACUACUCUGUUAACACUAUUCCUGUUUUUGUUCUUGAAAUUUUUAAUUAUCAAUGGUCAUGGUGGAGCUGAUGAUGAUGAUGAACAUGAUUCAAAUGGAGAUACAAAUACAAAUUUACGCGCGAAAGGAUUGAUUCUUGUUAAAAUUUAUUGCUUGAUCAUACUCUUUGUAACUACAUUUGUUGGUGGCGUAUCGCCUUAUUUCUAUCGAUGGAAUGAGGGGUUUCUCUUGUUAGGAACUCAAUUUGCUGGUGGUGUUUUCUUAGGGACUUCAUUGAUGCAUUUUUUGAGUGAUUCUGCUACAACUUUUGGUGUACUUACAGAAAAAGAGUACCCUUUUGCCUUCAUGUUGGCUUCUGCAGGUUAUCUUCUCACUAUGUUUAGUGAUUGCAUUAUUAUGUUUGUGACAAAGGGGGGUGUAAAUGAAUCAAGUGAGUCCAAAGUUGAAGUGGAUGAAGAAGGAAGGUCAACUAAUAUUGAUGAGGGACAUGGAACAAAUCCAUUUCUAAAGACAACUUCACUUGGGGAUACAAUACUUCUCAUUCUUGCAUUGUGUUUCCACUCUAUUUUUGAAGGCAUUGCUGUUGGAGUAUCAGCUUCAAAGGGAGAGGCAUGGAGAAACCUAUGGACAAUUUCAUUGCACAAAAUAUUUGCAGCCAUUGCAAUGGGAAUUGCACUUUUAAGAAUGAUACCAAAAAGGCCAUUUCUACUUACUUGUGCUUACUCUUUUGCCUUUGCAAUUUCAAGCCCUAUAGGUGUGGGUAUAGGAAUUGCAAUUGAUGCUACUAGUGAAGGCCGUACAGCUGAUUGGACUUAUGCUAUUUCAAUGGCAAUUGCUUGUGGGGUUUUUAUUUAUGUGGCAAUUAAUCACCUAAUUGCAAAAGGGUUUAAACCACAAAAUAAAUGUUAUUUUGAUACUCAAUUCUUCAAGUUUGUUGCUGUCCUUCUAGGUGUUGGGGUGAUUGCUGUUGUCAUGAUAUGGGACUAAAUUAAACUACCUUGUUCAGACUCUUCAAAAUGUCGACAAUUGUAUGUUGCGUCCUUCAAAAAUAGUGCUUUUUUUUAAGACCUGAUACGGUGUGUGAACAUUAUUGGAGAGUUCGUGAUGAACUAUGUAAACAUUCAUUUUUUGAAUUUUACAUGGGGUUUUGCUAA